AUGGAUAUUGAAGAAAUUACAAAUGAAAAAAAACCCAUUCGAGUAUAUUCAGAUGGAAUAUUUGACCUCUUUCACUUUGGACACAUGCGGAUGCUAGAGCAGGUUCGGAAGCAGUUUCCUACUGCAGAAAUAGUUGUGGGGGUAUGUUCAGAUGCAGACACGCAUAAAUACAAAGGUGCAACAGUCAUGCCAAUGCAAGAGAGAGCAGAGUCUCUAAGACACUGCAAAUGGGUUGAUGAAAUAAUAAAAGACUCGCCCUGGAUUAUUACAAAGGAGUUUCUUACAGAAAACAGAAUAGAUUGGGUGGCGCACGAUGGAGAUCUGUACACAACAGACGGGCAUGAAGAUGCCUAUGCGGAGGUAAAGAAGCUGGGUGUGUUUGUGGAAACACAAAGAACAGAAGGAAUAAGUACAAGUGAAAUUAUUUCUCGAGUGCUUAGAGAGUAUGAGCUAUUUCUAAGAAGAAACAUAAUUCGGGGAGCCACAUCUAAAGACCUAAACAUCUCCAAGUUUAAAGAGAAGCGAAUCAAGCUAAGCGCACAUCUUGAAGGAAAGCUAGUAAAACUGCGGCGUAAAAUGAAAGAUAUAUCAGAUGUUUGGGAAUCUGCAGCAUGCGAGAUUAAGAAGAAAUUUGUGGAGGUAUUUAUGUAA